UAAUGAUCGGAGCGCGGAGCCUUGUUUUUCUUUAAAAAAAUACUCUUAAAAUUUUCGCACGACUUUGGCCACACUCCGCGCAGUAAUGCUACAGUAUUCGUCCGUAUGAGCUGGUACGGGUGGUCUAAUCAAAGACAUAAUUAAAUCGAUUUCUUCAGGAGUUUCUUGCAUGACUAAGACCUUGAGCUUGGGUCCCGAGUUUCUGAACAACGCGAGAAGGCGAAGGGAACGGAACAGCGACUUACGCGGGCCCGGGUGCUAUCAGAACUAUGACCCCUCCAAUUACGAAGGCAAGACCUUGAGUUUUGGUCCAGAGUUUCUGAACAACGCGAGAAGGCGAAGGGAACGGAACAGCGACUUACGCGGGUCCGGGUACUGUCGGAACUAUGACUCCUCCAAUUACGAACGGAGCGGAGCCCCGCUUCCUGACGUCCCACUCAUGCUGACACAAAGUCAGAGAGUAGGAUGUAACUGUCAGAAUGGCGGAUACACCUCCCACGUAGAAGGGUGCAUUCCGCCGGACGAAGGGUAUGACAUCUCGACCGGGGGCUUCACGUCGGAGAUUCGAGGUUGCAACUCCUGGGAUGGUGGCUAUUGCACCUUGGGAGGAGGAUGUAACUCCCAGAUCAGAGGCUAUCCCCAGAUCGGAGUCCAUCCCCAGACCGGAUACAAUUACCAGAGCCCUUGCUUCGUUUCCACCCCCAAUGUUGAAUGUGUUGGAACCAUCAAUAGCUACACGCCAAUCAGCUAUGAGGGCAAUUGUGGUCAAAGAAAUGGGAGACCGAGUGGGCAGUGUUCCAACUUGCUCGGAACCCCGAACAUGGUCUGUCGCGAGGAGAUGGACCAGGACACCCAAACUAAAGUCAUCGUGUGCGAUACCUGUUACGACAGUGACAAAACCACGGGAGGUCAGUAUCCGUGCGGCUGCAGCGGGGCAAAAUACACCCAAGACUACCAGUUUGGAUCUUGCUGCUACAGCCAGGAGAAACAAGGACUCGGGGAUGGUUAUCAGUUCGGUGGCCCCUACGGCGAAGGUGAAAUCUGUCGAUGCAACUGUCCACCAAGUCGUCAACCUAGCUGUCAGAUCGAUGACUGCCAGGCCAUAAGCAAUCAAGGUGAAAACUGUCAGGUCAACCGACGUUUAACUCUGCUGAGAAAUCAGUGUGAUGACCUGGACUCGAACGAUGGCGGGAGAGACCAGUUGAACCUGCACAACCAGUUAAUUUUCAACCAGUACAACAACGUCAUCGGGAGCGUGGGAAAUUGCGAGCCAUCUAACAUGGCCUGUCAAAUCGGGGAGCUUGCGCGGAACCUAGCAUGUGGAGGAUAUGACAAUCAGUGUUGCAGGACAUCGCCCGGCGGUCCUUCACCACCGUUGGUGGUGGCCUUGCCGCGGAACAAUCAGUGUAUCCAGGACAAUCAGUGUAGCCCACGCGAUCAGAUACCACAAGUCGUACAGUUUGUAGCCUCACGGCCUCAGCCUGCAGUGGGUGGGUGUCCUGUUCCCUGCACCCCCCGAGGACCUAAUUCUGUCAUUCUGGCCAAUACUUGCUUUCCGACUAAGGGUCAACCCAUUGUGUCCUCUCCUCAAGGGCAGAUAUUCCCUCCGAACACACUGUUCCCGUUAGCACACUGAUAAAAAUAUUUGUGUUCUUGUGUUACUUUUGGUUAAUGUAUUGAGUGAAAGACAAACCAACACAAAUUUUGUGUUAACUUUCUUACAGUCUGCGGUGACUUUAGCGCAGAAUACAAUGGAUAGACUGGGAAAAUGCAUUCAUCCGCUUGCGACGUUAAUGUUUGCCACUCGUUUUUUAAUAAAUGUUUUAAAAAAAAACUAGCUGGCAUUUUCUCUUGAAAUUGUCAACUUAAGGCUAGGGUUAAUUUGUGUUUUAAUUCCCGUAUCAACAAAACUUUUGUGUUGAAACUUCUCUCUGUGUACUUAUUAAUUCCUGUCCAGCGGUUCAAAUGGGGCGAAACAUCAGGUAUGUCUACUCUGAGUAAAGUUGAAUGUGAGGAAUCUAAAUGCACGCUGAUGGUGAAAGAAAAACCCGAGAUGGAAAUAUUUUUGUAUUGGUCAUAUGAGUGUUGACUUUCAUUGCUCAAAAGAUAGAGUUGCAUCAAGAGAGGGAGUUUUUCAAAGUAAUGAACUAAAAGUGCGACAAACACUCCUUCAUAUUUGGAUGGUGUUGGAGUGGAUUAGCUUGUUUUAAAGGAAUUAAAUUAUUUCAAUUUUUUGAAGGUUGCAAAAAGCGUUUAAAGAAAAUUUGUCAAGAAUGGGUGCUUGAACUCCAUUAUUUAGAAGUUUGAAUUUGGAAAAAAACAUAGUCACCCCAUACUAUAGAACAUACUAAAUACCAAUUUUCAUUUAAUGCAGAAAAACGAAUCAUCGCAAUACUAUUUCAAUGUUUACACGUUAUUCUUCCCUCUUUCAAAACCAUCUUUUGUUUUUUGCUCAACUGAGUCGAUGGUUUUCAUUGUAAAAUUAAAAUACAACAAAAACAAACUGUAAAAUCUGGAAAUAGCACUGUCAUCGUGAAAAUUUUAUGUUUCCUUGCUCUUGCUUGUAAAUCGAGUCACGUUUGUUUUGA